GAUCUCUCCCACCCGCAAAACACCAUCCCGCGAUCCGGAAGCAAAAAAAGGAAAAAGAGCCCACCCGCCAACCGCGGAGCCCAACGCAACAACACCUCGCUGCCUGCCUCCACUCGCGCGCACCAUGUUAUAGCACCCUCCCCCCCUUUCCCGCCGUCUACGAUCGGAACACGCACACACCAUACUCACGCCAUGGACAUCGACGACAUCCUCCGCGAGGUCGACCCGGUCUCGCACUCCGUCCCCUCCGAGACACGCGACCUGCAGGCCUUGACGCGUGCCUGGGUGGCGGAGCGCUCCGCGCCAGAGCUUCUAGAAUGGCCCGCCGACGGCCUCUUUGAGCGCGUCAACGACCGCAUCAAGCGCCAGAUCGAAAAGGUCGAGGACAUGACGGGCGACAUGGACCCCAAGACCAACUUCGCCCUCAUCGUGAUUCAGACCGAGCUCGAGCGCUUCAAGUUCAUCGUCAGGAGCUACCUCCGCGCCCGCAUAGCAAAGAUCGACAAGCACGCCCUCCACUACCUCUCCUCCGCCGCCCUCCGCGCGCGCCUCUCCGAGACGGAGCUCGCCUACGCGACCCGCCACCAGGCCCUCCUGCACAACCACUACCUCUCCUCUUUCCUCUCCUCCUUCCCGCCGCAGCUCCAGAACCUCAACGACACGGCCGGCAACAUCAGCAUGAUCGACGGCCCGGACCUCGACACCGCCGUCUUCAUCCGCCUGCUGCGCGACGUCGACGUCGAGGGCAAGGGGACCGACUCGGACGGCUCCCUGCCGGGGCGGGCGGGGGAUAUCCUGAUCCUGCGGUGGUCCAGCGCCAAGCCCGUCGUCGACGCGGGGAACGCCGAGCUGGUCUGACGGGGG